AUGCGUCGAUCAAAAGGUUAUCAAGAUCUUGACGAAAAUGCUAAAGAGCUACGCCAACCCGUGGUUUCCAUGCCACCACCUCAAGAAAUCGAAAUGGCUUCAGUUUCGGUGGUACCAGAUGACACCUUUACAGUUACCCAAGCAGUAAAUGCCCUCGGUUUUGGCUGGUUCCAAGUUAAAUUAUCACUUUUCACUGGUCUUUGUUGGAUGGCUGAUUCCAUGGAAAUGACAAUAUUGAGUAUACUUUCUCCAGCUCUCCACUGUGAAUGGAAUAUUAGCAAGUACCAGCAAGCCUUAACAACAACAGUGGUAUUUAUGGGCAUGAUGUUGAGCUCUACUUUUUGGGGAAACAUAAGUGAUAGAUAUGGAAGAAAAACGGCUCUCAGUAUGUGUGGUGUAUUACUAUUCUACUAUGGUCUACUCAGUGCCAUCGCACCAAAUUUUCUAUGGCUUCUAUUUUUGAGAGGUCUUGUGGGUUUUGCUAUAGGAUGCGUUCCACAAUCUGUAACAUUGUACGCGGAGUUUUUACCAACUAAACAGCGCGCGAAGUGUGUGGUACUACUGGACUGUUUUUGGGCACUAGGUGCGUGUUUAGAAGUAGCUGUGGCCUUAGUGGUAAUGCCUACCCUUGGAGUACAUUGGCUGCUGGCGAUUUCCACAAUUCCUUUGCUCAUAUUUGCUAUCAUAUGUCCAUGGCUUCCAGAGUCCGCACGAUUCCAUGUAGCAAGUGGACAGCCUGAUAAAGCAUUGGCAACGCUAGAAAAGAUAGCCCAAGACAAUGGGCGGCCGAUGUUAUUAGGAAGACUGGUUUGUGACGAUUCAGUGGGUAUAGGACAACGCGGUCGACUCAAACAUCUACUCAUCCCGCACUUACGGAAUACAAGCCUCCUUCUUUGGGUCAUUUGGAUGUCGUGUGCCUUCUGCUAUUACGGCCUAGUGCUGAUGACGACGGAGCUCUUUGAAACCGGUCCGUCUGGUAGCGAAGAAGCGUGUGCUGCGGACUGCCGUCCAUUGCAGACUACAGACUAUAUGGACUUAUUGUGGACCACUCUUGCUGAAUUUCCUGGUAUCUUCGCAACAAUAUUUAUAAUUGAAAAGUUUGGACGGAAAAGAACAAUGGCGAUCCAGUUUCUUAUAUUCGCAUUGUGCGUCUGUCUCCUUAUUUAUAACACCAACCGUACCUUCCUGACAUGCGUCUUAUUUCUGGCUCGUGGUAUCAUCGCUGGAUUGUUCCAAGCCGCGUACGUUUAUACACCAGAGGUGUACCCUACGGCGUUGAGGUCGACAGCGGUAGGCGCUUGUAGUGGUGUUGCCAGAUUAGGGGCAAUGGUCACCCCGUAUGUUGCACAGGUUCUACUAAAAAAUUCGAUUGUGAUAGCAACGGGUGUAUAUUCGUUCGCUGCUAUAUUAGCUGCGAUGGCGUGUCUUGCGCUUCCCAUCGAGACAAAGGGCAGGGAAAUGAGAGACACUAUAACUGCAACUGGUUAG